AUGAAGGGACGUAGAAAAGUUAAUAAGAAAAACAUUCCAAAACAAAGACAAAAAUGGUUCAAUCAGAAAUGUCAUACACUCAAAAAGAAUCUUCGAAACCUAGGUAAAUUGAUUACUAUAUAUCCAAAUAACACAUAUCUAAAACAUACAUUUUUCUCAAAAAAGAAAGAAUAUAAAUGUUUACUAAGGAAACUGAAAAGACAGUUCCAUAAUACCAUAUUAGAAAAAAUUGAAGCUUUAGCCGACAAUAACCCCAAUGAGUAUUGGAAGUUAGUAAAUUCUAUUAAGACUAGUCAGAAGUCUAAAGACCAUAAUGAAAUAUCAUCUUCUGAAUGGUUUGAAUAUUUCAAAAAUCUCAAUAAGAAUGAGCAUCUUUGCUCAGAGGAGUCAAGUACUGAAGCCAAAAUUGUUAAAGAUUACAAUAAGUGGGCAGCACAAAAAAUCGAUGUUCUUGAUCGACCGAUUUCCACUGAAGAAUUAUACAAGAUUUCAAAAAAACUGAAAAAUAAAAAGCAUGCGCCAAUGAUCCAUUAUCGAAU